AUGCCCACAAACCUCACCCCCACGCUCCUCCCCCUCACAUCCAUCCGUCUCGGUCGUCUCCUCCUGGAUCGCACCGCCCCCCACGCGUCCUACCACGACCCCCCCAACCCCCCAGACCCUCUCAUUAUCUCUCAAAAGAACUACUACAGCAACAUCUCCUCCACGAGCACCACCACGCUGCGGACAUGUCUCACCAAGCUCCUGUCAGCUCGGUACAACAGCACCCAGACGGCGAACAUCGACCUCUCUGCGACGGAGGCAUACACGUACUAUAUGGAUAAAAGCACGAGAUGGUUUAGGGAUGCGUGCGAUGACGACGAGGUCAAAGAAUGGCUGCAGGAGGCGAUGGAGGAUGGCAACAGCGUAUAUUUGGUGGUUGGUUAUCAUACUGUCGUUGAUGCGGUGGUGGCGGUGAGCAAUAAGGAUAGUGGGGGAUUGGGGGGGUCAGCGACGGAGGGAGAGCUGCUGGGGGUGGAUGUGGGGCGUGAGGGGGGUACGGUUCAACGGAUGGGGUGGCAUGCGGAGGGAGAGCAGGUGUAUGCGGUGCAAUAUCGGAAGAUAGGGUUUAAGUGGUUUUCUAGCAAGGCGGAGAAGCGGGUGUUGGGGAAGAAUCGGUGGAAGCUUUGUAAUGGGAGAGGAAAGGAAUAUGAGGAGGAUAGUGUCGAGGUGGUGUUGGAGGAGGAGCAGAGUGAGGGCGAAGGGGAAGGUGAGGUGUGGGUUGGGGAGGAUGGAGAGCGUUUGGCUGUUUUGUAG